UUGUUGUUUCAUUGUUUGCAAGCCAUUUUGUCUUGCUUUUGUAGUUCCGUUUCCGUAGUUGCUAGUUACUGAUUUCGUUUCAAUCACCUUUUUAGUUUUUAGUUUUUUACCAUUUCACGUUCGUCGUUCACUGUGUUUGCUAUAGAGCUAUUUACAUUGGCUGUACAUCAGUGAGUUGUGAAUGAUAAAUAGUGAAUGUGGUGCUUGCACAUCAUUAUAUUAUAUAAUUUAGACAUUUAUUAAUAUAAAAUAUAAAUUAUAUUAAUAAAUAUAAUAUAAUCAUAGAAUUUUGACGGCUGAAAUGCAGUGUGCAACAGCUGAAGACUAGCUGUUUUCCAUGUAAAUACAUUAUUAACAAUAUGAAUUAUGAUAUUCUUUCAGUAAUCAUUUAUAAUUUAUUAUCAGUUUUUAUAUAAAGUGUAUUAAUAGUUACCGCUGUAAUUACUAGAAUCCAAUCGAUUUUGAGUUUUAUUUUGCAUUGAUGUUCCAUGAUCCUCGGUUCCGUGACAUAGUCUAUUGUGUUUGUUUUAAAAUUUUACAAGUAUAUUAAUGGUUUUAUUGUGCAACUGUGUGAAUGACAGAAUUGCCUAGAGAUUUUAAAUCAAAAAAAAUCACCGUGAAAAUUGAUAAUAUGAAACGUAGAAGUUAUGGCGAUUCUCCUCCUAUGUCACGUAAAAAGCGUCAUAGCAGUAUAAGCAGGUAUGAUGGAAGUUCAGAUGAGCGAGGUUCGCCUGAACGUGUACGCCGUAGAGCUCGAUCUCCACCCAGUCCUAGAGCAUCUAGGUAUUCAGAACGUGACGAAUUUGGCCGUUCUAGGGAUUUGGAUCGAUCACAUCCCACUUAUAAAGUGUUGUGUGUGAGUGCCUUACAUCCCAAAGCAAGUGAUGAUCAAGUCAAAGAAACGUUAUAUCGAGAAUACCGCAAAUUUGGUGAAUUUUCUGUUAGAAUAUCACACGAACUAGAUGAAAGAGUCGCAUAUGUAUGUUUUAGAAGCUCAGAAGAUGCUAGAGAUGCCAAACAUACUAAGCCUAGGAUAAGUUUGUUUGAUAAAAUAGCUUUAGUUGCACCUGUUUAUGAAGGUCGUAGUUCUAGAGAUCAUUAUGAACCAAGAGCUAGACGUUCUCGAUCCCAAAGUUUUUCUCCAGAUUUUGAUCGAUAUUAUCGUAGAUCUCCUAUUCCCCCAGAACUUCAUAGGCCACAUCCAGUAGAUAGGUUUUAUGAAAGGUUACCUUAUGCUGCUCUUCCCCCCAUACUGCCACCACGAGACUUCCGAGAAAUAGGUUUACCACCAUUACAUCCUCAUGAACUUAUGAUACCUCGAGGACCAUUAUUGCACCAUGUAGCUCCUAUACAUCCUCAUUUAGGUCCAAUUCAUCCAUUGUAUGGACCACCUAGACAUUUUAUGCCUCCAUUUAGACCACACCCUCAUCCUCACUUGAUGCAUGACAAAAAAGAUAAAUUUCCAAACUAUUUGCACCACAUUCCACCAGAAGACGAUCCGUUAGCCACACGUACAUUGUUUGCUGGAAAUUUAGAAAUUUCUAUUUCGGAUGAAGAACUUCGCCGUAUAUUUGGUAGAUACGGAGUUGUGGAAGAUAUUGAUGUUAAACGACCAUUGCCGGGAACAGGAAACGCAUAUGCAUUUGUUCGUUAUCAAAAUUUAGAUAUGGCUCAUAGGGCCAAAGUUGAAUUAUCUGGUCAAUAUUUAGGCAAAUUUCAAUGUAAGAUUGGCUAUGGAAAAUCUACACCAACUCAACGAAUAUGGGUUGGCGGUUUGGGUCCUUGGACAUCACUUGCUCAACUAGAACGAGAAUUUGAUAGGUUUGGUGUUAUUAAAAAAAUUGAAUAUGUCAAAGGUGACAUUUGUGCCUAUAUACAGUUUGAAAGCAUUGAUGCGGCUACUGCAGCUGUUAAAGAAAUGAGAGGAGUGGCUUUAGGAGGCCCAGAACAUAAACUGAGAACAGAUUUUGCUGAUGGAGGUGUCUGUGGCAGUCCUACUUUGACCUAUUCAUCAAAGUCUAAGUCUUCGCAUGAUGAUGUUGCUGCAACUGCAGGAGAUUUAAGAGAACUAACUAGACGAGAUGAAUAUUCAUAUGGUUGGCCAGAUGGUGAGUAUCCAUCUUAUAAUUCAAGAGGUUAUCGCAAAGGUCGUACAGAAUACAGCGAAGAAAGCAGAAAAUUUGGCAAUUAUGAGAAUGGUCGUUCAUUUAAACAGCAUUCUGUUUCUGAUAUUGGUUCUCCUCGAUCACCUGAACGUUCACCACUUCAUCAAUCGAUUGACAGUGAUGUAGAAUCUGAAGAAGGAGCAAUACAGUCUGCAGGUAUUUUGAGUUCUGUUCGUACUCUAGGGGAUUUGGCUAGUAAAUGUACUGAUAUAUGGCAAGGCAGUCUUGUACUAAAAAGCUCUCAGUUCCCAGCUAAAUGCUAUUUAACUUCCGGUGAUCCAAAUGUCAUAGAAUCAAUGAUGAAAGAUGAAGAUGGUAAAUCAACUUUACGCAUAACUCAACGAUUGCGUUUAGACCAGCCAAAAUUGGAAGAUGUUUCUAAACGUAUAAUAACUGCUGAUAUGCAUGCCAUAUUUUUGGCAAUGCCUUGUUCUACUAACUCAAUUGUAAAUGAUGAUGCAUUGGUACAAAUUAGACCAUUACGUAACUUAGUAUCUUAUUUAAAGCAAAAAGAGGCUGCUGGGGUAAUAUCAUUAAUAACUAAAGAUCCUGAACCAGCUGGUGUGUUAUAUGCAUUUCCUCCGUGUGAGUAUUCAGCUAAGUUAUUGAAACAAAAUGCAAAAAAUUUAAGCAGUGAAACAUUGAAAGAUGACCAUUUAGUUGUGGUAGUAGUUAGUGGGGGUGUUUCCUAAGAAUAAAUUCAUUCUUUAACCAAAUUUUCAAGUAUAUUCACCUAAUAAUAUAUACAGGACGUAUCCAUUUUUUAUAUAUACACAAAUUAAUUUAUCAACAAAAUUUAAUAAUUAUAUCUUAAUACUAGAAUAAAUUUUAGGUUAAAUAUUUUUUUAUUGACUACAAAUUGAUUUGACUAUUAGGUACUGAUGUAUUUAUGUUCUUAAUUUGAAAGAAUAAGUCCAUAAAAAGAAAUUAAUGUGGUUAAUAUUGUGUACAAUUUAUUGCAAUGUGUUUAAAAUUAAACUCAGAGUUUCAGUUUAAUUCAAGUUUACACACACAGUUUAAUUAUAAAAAAUUAUGUGGAGUGCGUAGCAGUAUUUAUACAGAUUGUGCUGCAAUGUUAAAUUCACAGAAUACUAUUACAAGUUUAUUAAUGUGAAAUAAAGUGAUACAAUUAUUUUGGUAACCAUUUGAAAUAUUAAAAAUUGCAUUAUUUUAUUAUUGAUAAGUGUUAAUAUUUAUAUCAAUCUUACAUUUAAUAAAACUGUUUCUCUUAUACCUUUGAAAAUUUAGUGUAAAUUAUCAAACAUUCCAUUUAACUUGGAUUGUUCAGUAAUCUUUAUUGAAGUGUUGUAACUAUAUUUUAGAUAAAAUAAAUACUUUUACAAUUAAUUAAUUAAUUUUGUGCGUACAAUAGCUUUUAUAACAAAGUGUAAUUCGCGAUUCAAUUGUUCUUUUAAAAAAAAAUUGUCUAAAAUCAUAUAUGAUAUUAAUGUUAUUUUUGUUAAUUUAAAUUAAUUACACAUUUACUUAAAUAUGAAA